UCCUCCCAUUUUAUGUUACCUGCACUCGCUGUUAGGUUUCAUAUUGUUUACAAAUGUUACCGUGUGUUAUGUUUUCGUGGUUUAGCUCAGAUCUAACUGGCAGGACUAAAGCAACCACGAAGUUCUUUUUUGGUGGGGGGGGGGGCAUAUUUCACUGGCGUAACAGUGUCCCCAUGUUUACAAUUACUUUCAUUUCAAGUGACUUACAUCCUCUGUUAUUUUUAAUAAAAAUGCUGAAGAUAAAACGUUAAAGUAUGUUAAGUGUUUCAUUUUCGUGAUUUAGUGUCGGUUUAACAGGCAGAACCAAAGCAACUAUUACGUUUCGCGGGGACGUAUAUUAGCAACGUACCGACAGGGAACGGAAGCGGAAGCGUUGGCGCUAUGUUUAUACUGAGAUUUCUUUCGUUUUAUGUCACCUGUUGAAUUCUUGAGUCGUUUAAAUCGCAUCACCACAUGCAAGAAAUAUGACUCAAAAUCACCUUCCAGGUAUGGAGUCGUCCGCCAUCUCUGUACUGAAGCGGGCGGUAGAGUUGGACCAGAGCGGCCGCUUCCUGGAGUCUCUGGUCUGCUACCAAGAGGGCAUCCAGCUGCUCAUAGACGUUUUAAAAGCAGUGAACGAUGACUCGAAGAGAGGACACUACAGGGGAAAGAUAAAGGGCUAUAUGGACAGAGCAGAGCAAAUCAAAGCUCAUGUGAACCAGAAGAAAGAAGACGGAAAGUACCACGAGCAGGUAAGGAUAGCGGACGACGCCACAGGUUACAGUUACGAGGCUGUCUUCAAGCCGUACAUCAGCGGUGCUCUCACCGAGGUUUGGGUGGAAGACCCGUACAUACGACACACUCACCAGCUGUACAACUUCCUGCGGUUCUGCGAGAUGCUGCUCAAAGCAUCCUGCAAGGUGAAGACCAUCCAUCUCCUCACAUCAUCAGAUGACGCGGACGGCGGCCCACAGACGAGCGCCCUGGCCGAGCUGAAGCAGAACCUCAGUACUCACGGGAUCACUCUGGACCUGCAGUACUCCUCCACCAUCCACGACAGGGAGAUCAGGUUUGAUAACGGCUGGAUCAUCAAGAUUGGAAGAGGGCUGGAUUACUUCAAGAGACCAAAAGGACGCUUCUCAAUUGGAUACUGUGACUUUGACCUCAGGCAGUGCCACGAGACCAGAGUAGACGUUUUCCACACGAAACACACCAAAACCCUAUGAGACGCGUACCCAGUCAUUGACAUUCACAGUACAGUUAAUGACGCUGUAUCAUUGACUUGCACAAUACAUGACUUUUUAAAAUAAAUGUUAUGUUGUAUAAUAUUCACGGUAAAAUGUAACAAAGCAGGAGUUUUUACAAUUGUAUGUAUAUGAGUGGGAGCCGAUGUCUUUUUUCAUGUAAUGCUCUUAUAGUGGGGAAGACAGUCGGGUUUGAUUGGUGAACUAUUGUAAUAACAGAUCUUUAUAAGAUUUGAAUGCAUCUUGUUUCUUCCUUGUUUGUCAUCGCUUGUUACGAUUCAUUUUAUUUGACAAAUACACAUGAUGUAUAGGAUUCAGUCCAAUCUUAAAUGCAACACAUUUAUUGACCAAAAAAAAAAGGGCCACUAUCUUAACAGCACUUUUCCAAUUGUUUUUAGACUGGGGUUGAAAAAAAAAAAAGUUUAUAAUUUAACUGGAAUCAUCAUGAAUUAGUAAAUCACAGCGUACGUCUCCUGAGUGUGACACCUGUCUGUGCGAGCGUACCUAAUGUUGUGGCCCGUCGAUAUUGCCGAAAUAUGUGAAUGAACUGUGAGCCUUGUGAGUUGAACCGGCGUUAUGAUCGGAUUAUCUAUCGGCCUUAAUCUCGAUAUGUCAUCUGCAUGCAUGCGGCCCACCAGGGGAAAUUAUAAUCCCGGAGAGGGGCGCAUGCACCCCGCAGGUCAGCGCAGCUGCCACAAAAACAAACAAACAAAUUAACACAAAGACUCAUAAUUACAACAGAAAAGAUAUAUUGGUGUUAUAUGUCAUCACUUUUGGCCUUCUGGCGGAUAGAUGACAUGCAUUCAAUCCAUGAAUGGCUGAAUUAAGCAAUACGUUGCACGGCUCGGUGGGGUAAUCCACAUCAACAGCUGUCUUGGUGCUGUGGGUGAGGGUGAGGAUUUGUGUGACGGCCAGAAAAAUAAAAAUAAAAAUAGAAAAUGUGGAUGUGCUUCGGGUCAUUUCCCUCUGACUGCAGCCCAGUGGCCUAUAUAGUGAAUUAUGUCUCGAGUGUGUGGGAAUGUCUUUUAUCUCAACACUAUCGAUAUGACGAAUUAUGUAUUCAGGUCAAAAUACAAUUUUAUAUUUGUUAGAAUGAUUCCUUAAAUAUUUAAAAUAUAAAGUACUGUGUCCGUGAAAGACAUUUUAGAAUGUAGCACAUCUUUUACACUAUUAGUUCCCACCAGCGCC